ACAUAGUACAUACAUCAAAAUCUUAUACGCUACAGUAGUUUAGUUAGUCUUUUUCAGCUGUCCGCAACGAGUUUUGAAUCUCAGCUGCAAAACUUGUUAUUGAGAUCAUAAUUACUAUGACUAUCUCCAUAAGCUUAAUUUUAGCAUCGUUGUUGGAGUUGGAGGGUCAUAAAUAUAAUAGCGCCUGUUAUCACAGAUAUCCACAAAGUCCGAUUGUAAAUAGUGAUAUAAAAUAAUAAUUAAUUAAAAUUAUUUAUUGUAUUUGCGAAAACAAUAAUAUAUUGUACAGUGAACACAAAUUUUGCAAUUCCUCUUUUAAUAAAUAAUACGUUUAUCGCGGUUGGGUGACCGCAUACAAACUGGUUUUAUCACUCGGCAGUCGCCGAUGGGUUUUCCCAUUACGUUUCAUAAUUCUAUAGAUGUUUAACGUUUAUAAACGUUGUACAUAUAAAAGUGAUUUACUCAUCAUUUGUAUUGGCUAUAUGUGAAACCUACCGUAGUGUAUUUAAUUUAUUAGUUUAAUUCUAAAAUUAAUGGUAAAUAAAAUGAAUAUAUCUGGGUCGUUAUGUGUUUUCGUACUUUGUGUGUGCAGUGCUUACACUUCAGUUCUUAUACCAAAAGCUGCUAACAAUAUCAAAUUAUCUGAAAGAAUCGGAAACUUUUCAGUGGAAUUAAUUGACCGGACCUUAACACAAUCACCUAAUUCUAAUGUUGUUAUAUCUCCAAUAACCAUAUGGACUGUACUUGCUGUAAUUGCGGAAGGAUCUGCCAACAAUACUUUAAAGGAAGUGUGCCAUACUUUAAGAAUAGCCCCAGAAAACUUAAGAAACGUUAGGGAAAGCUUCAAAAGAAUAGAAAAGUACCUAAUAGUGAAGACAACCACAGUUGAAUUAAACAAAUUAAAUGUUUUGUUUGUUGAUAAAUGUGUUAGUCCUACAGAGAAAUUCGAAUUAACUGCAAGCGACUAUGAUGUGUCAUUUGCAGCACUUAAUUUUUCGGAGCCAUACAAAACAGCUAACAUCGUUAAUAGUAAAGUGUACAACUUUACCCAGGGCAAAAUAUCAGACUUGAUUUCAGGUGAUGACUUAACUAAUAGUCACAUGAUCCUUACAAGUGCCUUAUAUUUUAAAGGGCAGUGGACAUUUAAAUUCAAUAAAUCAACCUCAACAAAAGCUCCAUUCUUUGACAACCAAGGAAAUGUGAUUGGACAAGUUAAAAUGAUGUACAAUCGACAAAUACUACCAUUUGCAAACUUUAAGGAUCUUAAAGCAAGAAUAAUUGAAUUGCCUUAUGGUAAAGAAAACCGUCUAUCAAUGCUGGUUAUGUUGCCAUACCAAAAUGUUACCGUUAAUGAAAUGUUUCUGAAUCUAAACCGAAUGUCUUUAAACCAUAUCCUUGCUAGCUUAGCAAAGUCUUUGAAUGAAUUUCCUGAAGAUGAAAUAGAUAUUUAUUUGCCCCGGUUUAAAGUGGAAACUCACUUAGAUUUAACUGAUACACUUAAAAGUAUGGGUAUAAAAGAUUUGUUUGAUUACUCACGGUCAAACUUGAAGAAUAUGGUGAAAAUACCAUCAUUUGUUUCAAAAGUUGCCCAUAAAGCAGUGAUUGAGGUAACAGAGGAAGGAACUACUGCAGCAGCAGCUGCUGCCGCAGCAUUCAGCUAUCGCAUUGGUGUCACAAAGUUUGAAGCAAAUAGACCAUUUGGGUACAUUAUUGUGGAAAAAACUACUAACACUAUACCUUUUGCUGGUUCAUACAAUAUACCUGAAUUAUAUGAAUCAUAAUAAUGUGGCAUAGUUCUAAAGACCUUGAUGACAUAUAGCCUUGCACUCACAUGUGACAUUUUUCCUCAAAGCAGUGUUCAUUAUUCAUCUAUAUUUACUAUAUAACUAUAUUCUUGUCAUACACAUUAUUCUUGAUUAAUCUUCUGUCAUUAAUAAAUAAAAUGUUCUAUUUAUUAAGUUAAUUAUUUGAACAGGUAAUGUGCUUUAAUUAAGUAUUUAAAUUCCUUAAAAUCUUUUAAGAUCUGUAUAGUUUUCUUAAAUGUACCUAGUUUGUGUCCAGUGUGUGGAUGAAAUUGUGUUUUGUAUAUAUAACAUGUGUUUGUUUGUAUGGUUGUAUGUUAGUGGAUUUUAACAAUAAUUAUGUGAUAUAAUAGUCCUUUUAGUUUAUUGUUAAAAUUGUUUAUUAUUUAUUUAGAUGUAAAUUGAUAGUCACAUCAUGCCCAGGCCGUGUAUGACUAGUAAGUCAACAUUUUGUACAAAGAAAUUGAAAUAUAAAUGAAUUAUCUAAUGUA